UUUCCUAAAUGACAUCAACAUAAUCAAAUUUGCCCUGACUUCCUUUUGAAGUUUUAUUCUUUGCAAGGCUGUAACCCAAGUGCCUGUAUGCUGAAACUGAAAAAGUUUACAACAUAUGGACUGCUUUUAAUCUUAAUAAGAAGGAAGAAGACUUCUUUGGUUGUCAUAACGCCGCAGCACAUUGUUGUCAUUGGUGUCCUGCAGUCGCCAAAAUGAUAGACUCCCAGACGAUAGACCCCCGGGUGCUUCUCACUGCCUACAUUAUAACCUUCUUAAUCGGCCUACCAGCUAAUAUCCUGGCAAUGUAUGCUUUCAUCAUGAAGCUUACCAAAAAGCCCACAUCCACAGACAUCCUCCUGCUGAACCUAACUCUCUCUGAUCUCCUCUUCUUGUUUUUCCUACCACUGAAGAUGUAUGAGGCGGCAUCGGACAUGAAGUGGUACCUUUCCCAGGACGUGUGUGCUAUCAUGUCAUUUGUCUUUUUCAGCACCAUCUAUGUCAGCUCUCUGUUGCUGAUGGCUAUUAGCAUUGACCGCUACUUGGCAGUGGCUUUCCCAGUGACCUACAGGAAAUUUCGCAAGAUUCUUUAUGCCAUCACUGGCAGUAUUUUUAUCUGGCUGUUCAGUGGCGCACACUGCACAAUUGUGUUUUUUGUCGUCUAUAUGAGAGAUGACAACAACAGCACAUGGAAAAACACCUGCUACGAAAACUUUAGCCCUAACCAGAAAAGCAUUGUACUUCCUGUGCGCCUGGAGUUUUUUGUAAUUCUGUUUUUGGUGCCCUUAGCUAUAUGCAUGUUCUGUUAUCUUAACUGCAUCUGGAUCCUUUACCAUAAGCCCCGCAUUACAAAGAAGAAGAGGCACAGGGCUAUUGGAAUGGCGCUGGGUACCUUGGUCGUCUACUUAAUUUGCUUUUUGCCUUACAACACCUCUCAUCUGGUGGGCUUUGUCACUGAACAAAGCCCACUGUGGAGGUACUACAUGCUGCUCUUAAGCACCUUCAACGCCUGCCUUGACCCCAUCAUCUUCUACUUCUCAUCUAGCGUGUUUCGCAACACCGCCAAAUUGUCUCUCUGGAAAGUUUUCUCGAUUAGGCGCCGACUAGGCGGGAACAACCACCACACCCCUCACAAUAUGAGCAUUGAGCGAGAUUCUGUCUCAGAUAAGGAAUAUGACCAUGACAAUGGUAGCCACAGAAAAUAAAGAGAUAUUACAAGAUUAUACAAUGAUUUUGCCUGAA